GACGUCCCCCCUCACCCCCCCCCAACAUGGCGGCAGCGGGCAAGACGGCGCCGCUCCCUUCCCGCUACGGCGGCCUUGGCGGCGGCUUCCUGGGGGCGAGGCUGCCCGCCGCCGUGGGGGCCAUGGCUCGCGGCCUCCGCCAGCUGGACCGGGACACCUUCCGCCGGCUGCUCGCAGUAACUGUAAGUGCAUUGGAAGGAAAUGAUUGCAAAGACUCUGUGCGGAUGAUUGCAGAAAAUGCCGAUUUGUCAGAAGAGCAGCUUGCUGUCCUCAUCUCGGGCAUGUACACGCUCCUCAGAGAAGCCUUGCGCCUUCCUCUACCAACUUUCAAACAAGAAGUUUUCAAGGAAGAUCUGAAGGAUCUCAGGAUACCAGAUGAUUUCAUCGCAGACUUUGCCAGCGUAGUCUUUGGUAACAGGCGUCCUGUUCUUGAAGCCACAACCCUGAAACAAGCAAAUAGUUUGCCAAGAGUCAAAGACUUCCAGUGGAGGGUGGAUGUGGCUAUAUCUACAAGCUCGCUGGCCCGUGCAUUGCAGCCAUCCAUCUUAAUGCUGCUGAAGCUUUCGGAUGGGGAAGCUCAUCGUUUUGAAGUGCCGGUUGCAAAGUUUCAAGAAUUACGGUAUAACAUUGCUCUAAUACUGAAAGAAAUGAAUGAUUUGGAGAAAAGAAGUGUUCUGAAAAUCCAGGACUGAACCUUUCAGCUAGUGAAUGAACAGAGCAAGUCUGAAACCCUUAAAGAGAAUUGUGAAUUGCAAAAUGAAGAACCAGCACCAUUUUGCAUGUCUGUAUUGUAACAUUAACAUUUCUAACGUUGCUGUAAAUAUUUUUCAAUUAAAGUGUUAAAAGCCUCA